CACCCACGAAUGAAAGUUAGAACCCCACGAUCGAUUGCGAUAUCUCCAAUUUAGGGUUAGUUUAGUUUGUGAAAUUGUAUCGGACACCUCAACAUAGUUAUUAUAAAUAUAUAUUCAACUGGUAUAAAACUGACGAACGCAGAUAAGUUAAUGGUAGUUUGUAUAUAAAUUUUAUCGAAAUAAACAUUAUUUAUAACUAAAAAAUUUGCGAAGAAAAAAAGAGAGAUAAAGGCGUCAGACACCCUUUCGGCAGCUGAACCAUUCUAGGUCGUGGCAACACAGGUUACCGACCAAAAUAUUACAGCACCAACUGCAGAAUAGAUACUUCCUUUCUACUUGAUAAUCCGCCGCCGCCACAACGGGCUGUUCUUUCAUCGUCGUCGUUGUCGUCGCCGCCGCCUCAUGAAACACAUCUCUCAUUGCGCUGCAAGGACAUUGCUGUAUCAACAGUAGAAGAAGCAGUAUCGCCAAAAAUAUUGUUGGAAUAAGCUUGUUUUGAUAAUUUCUUGACUUCAGACGUGCCAUGAUAAAUAUACAGAUAUUGUUCUGAAUUUUAUGCAAAAAACCUUUGUGCUGCAUAGGUGAAAGAAGGUGAAUUUUAGUUUCUUAUAUAUAUGGUCUGGUUUUUUUUACAUAUAUGGUGUUUGUUACAAAACUCACGUUCCAUCCAUCUCCCUCGUCUUCAGCAUGUACCAAACUCCCUGAUUCUUUGUUAACUCUCCACUUAUUUAUAACUUCAACUCGACUAUCUGAAACUCGGGAGGCACUAUUCUAUAAAUAAAAUGUGGUCUUAAUUUUUUAUUUAAAAUCUAACAAAAUUUAAAUACAACAUAAUAAACAAAGUUAUUAUAAAAAAAUUUAAAAUAUAUAUCUAAUAUGAUUGUUAAUAAAGAGUGAUUACUGUUUUACAUAGAAAGAUGAAUCAACAUUUGAUAGAUUGGAUCAAAUGGAAUGAGAAGAAAAGAAUACAAAUAAUAACUAAACGGACAAUUAAUCGUUUGAAUAGGUGGUUAAAUAAAGAAAUCAGAACAAAAUUUCGUCCCCUCAUGUAGUCCAUUCGUUUUUCAAAUUAUUAGUGAAAUCUUUCAAAAAUACAAAGUAUUAACCAAACGUUAACUCCCCGUUAGCAGUUUUGUCGGUAACGUUCACUUGGUAACAUGAUGCUGAGUUGAAAGAGACACGUGGCGGUCAAUAUUUUAGUAUUUUAAUUAAGAGAAGAGUUGCAAAAUUACUGACGAUGACAGAGGAACGACUAUUAUUUUUAAGAAAAAUAUUUUUAAGAAAUUUGAAAGGUUUAAUUAAUAAAUUAUAUUUACUCAUUUCCUUUUUAACAUUUGAUCGACAUGUAAAAUUCUCUUUUCAAUAAAUAUGGUCAAGUUGAUUUCUGAAUUUUAAACUAUCAUGUAAAAUGGUCAAGUUGAAGUUAUAAAUCAGUGGAGAGUUAACAAAGAAUCAGGGAGUUUGGUACAUUGUUGCUGAAGACGAGGGCGAUGGAACGUGAGUUUUGUAACCAACCAACACAAGGUAAUAUAUAGUGAUAGAGGAGAAGUCGGAGUUUGUUAAUUAACUUAACUCUCAAUAAUGGAGACAUAACGUAAGAGACAAGUCCAUAUAUAUAUAAGAAACUAAAAUUCACCAUCUUUCACCCAUGCAGCACAAAGGUUUUCAAAGAAUACAGAGUAUUACCUUUAUAUAUAUUAAUCAUGGCAGCUUUGCAGUCAAGAAAUUAUCAAAACAAGCUUAUUCCAACAAUAUUCUUGGCGAUACUGAUUCUCUCGAUAUCCGUACAACAGUGUCCUUGCAACGCAACUAGAGAUGUGUUUCAUGAUGAGCCGGCGGUGACAACAGCGGUGAAAGAACAGCCAGCUUCGGCGGCGGAUUAUCAAGUAGAAGGGAAGUAUCCAUUCUGCAGUUGGUGCUGCAAUAUUUUGGUUGGUAACCUGUGUUGCCACGACCUAAAGUGGUUCAAAUGCGGACGAGGAAUCUGAUGCCUUUAUCUUCUUUUUUUUCUCUCACAAUGUUUGAGUUAUAAAUAAUGGAUUUUUUAAUAAAUUUUGUAAACAAACUACCGUAACUUAUUUGAUUUUGUUCUUUUUAUGCCGGUUGAAUAUAUUUUAAUUUUAAUUUUAAUUUUUUUUCCUCCGUUGAGCCACGAUUAUAUCACUAAAAUACAAUUAUGCUAGUGCGCUCAGACAAUUUCACAAACUGAACCGCUAAAUGUCAUCCUAACUUACCUAAACUCGACUUAAAAAGAAAAAUUACAUAAUCACCCUCUGCACCGCUACUCUCCUCGCUUCCCAACUCUUGUCUAAGUGCAUGGUCUCUAUCACAACGCUGCUAGAGCUCCACACCGCUUCACAUAACACCAUCUUAAUUCAUUGCCACUAAAGAGAGUCUUCAUAAACUUUGAGAGGUUGCUCCCUUUCAUGCAUUAGUCUCAAUGAUAUUUGUCGAUCGAUCCACAAAUAAUCCGUGCAGGGUAUGGGUGAUUGAUGUGUGUGGAUUGUGAAUUGGUAAAUCUUCUACUCACACUUAUUAGAAUGGGUGGUGUGUGGAUUGCGGGACUACUAUUAUUGGUCACUAUGUUGUCUAAUGUCCAUUAGUUAUUGUUAUGCAAAUUAUUAAUAUUAAUUAAAUUAAUGUCGGAAAAAUGGCCUGAAAUCGAUGAUGAUACCCCUUUCGAAUCUGCAAAAAAUGUACCCGGAAGAAAUCAGCCGAAAUCGGUGCCUAAUGGACUUAAUUAUCGUUGAAGAAUGGUCUUUCGAAAAAAAUCACCCCAAAAAUUACGAAAAUGCCAUCCCAAAAUAAAUUGGCCAAAUUCGGUGCUUAAUUGACUUAAUUUUCGGUCGAUAAUAGGAUCAAUAGACUUCAUUAUCGGUAGAGAACAGCAUCGGGCUGAAUCCGUUAUAUGUAGCCUCCAAAAUCAAAAGAAAAUGGCACUUCGGAAAGUCGUCUGAAAUCGGUGAUGAUACCCCUUUCGAAUCUGCCAAAAAUGUACCUGGAAGAAAUCAGCCCAAAAUCGGUGCCUAAUGGACUUAAUCAUCGUUGAAGAAUAGUCUCAGGCCGAAUCCGUGAUCUGUAGCCUACAAAAUCCAAGGAAAAUGGCCUUUCGAAAAAAAUCGAGCAAAAAAAUUGCGAAAAUGGCAUCCCAAAAUAGAUUGGCCAAAUUCAUUACUUAAUGGACUUAAUCUUCGGUCGAGAAUAUGAUCAAUAGAUUUCAUUAUCGGCGGAGAACAGUCAGGUUGAGUCCUUUAUUUAUAGCCUUCAAAAUAAAAAGAAAACGACAUUUCAGAAAAAUCGCCCGAAAUCGUUGAUGAUACCCCUUUCGAAUAUGUCAAAAAUGGACCCGGAAGAAAUCUGACCAAAUUGGUGCCUAAUGAAAUUAAUCAUCAUUG